AUGCGUCUCUCAUCAUGCCUGGUCGUUACAGGCCUUUCAACAGGCGCGCUUGCUUUCUAUCCAUGGGAGAUCAAGGUGGACUCAUCACCAACCGGUACUUCAACCAUUGAGGGCCUGCGAAGACGUUUCAUGCCCUGGACGCUUCAACCGGAGGAUGCGGGAAAUAAAAUCUCAAACGCCAAGCCACUCACGCUCGACAUUAGAAAACUCCCGGUCCGCCGCGAUGAUACCUACAGCAUUGUGGAGGCCAACACCCCGACCCUGCCCAACAGCGCAGCACUUGAUCAAAAUGGCAAUGAUUACUCGUAUUUCUCCGUCGUUGAAGUUGGGUCGCAGAAGGAACAAAUGUGGCUGGUCCUAGAUACUGGAUCACCAAGCAGCUGGGUGUUCGGUUCAUCUUGCACGGAUAGCGUUUGCACCAGUCACCACACGUUCGAUACGGAUAAUUCAACCAGCUACAUAUCGAACAGCUCCACAAUCACGGUCGGAUAUGGAAGUGGUACCAUCAAAGGAGACCUGGGUCAGGAUACCAUGUCCAUUGCUGAUCUAGACGUGACUUUUACAUUUGGACAGGCCACCUCCGCAUCCUCGGCCUUUGCGAGCUACCCCCUCGACGGAAUUCUAGGUUUGGGUCGCUCAGGAACUGCAGGAUGGACUAUUCCCUCCUUCAUGGAUGCUGUCGCAGAGGAGGGCUCCCUUUCGUCGAACAUUGUGGGAUUCAGCCUAUCGCGUGCUGUAGAUGACCCGAAGACUGGGGAGGUGAAUUUCGGUGGUGUUGACACAACAAAAUUCGAUGGUAAUAUCACCUACACUAGUAUUAACUCGGAUACUUGGUCAAUUCCACUCGAUGACGCCUACGUGGAUGGCACAGCUUGUGGCUUCUCAAGCACCUCCGCUACCAUUGACACGGGCACAACCUACAUUUUGAUCCCACCAGAUGAUGCCGCUACCCUGUUCGCCAUGGUCCCUGGAUCCUCCAAGUCGGGCGAUAAUUACAUUAUCCCGUGCGACUCUACCGCUACAAUUGAAUUCGAAUUUUCGAAUGUUAAGUAUUCCAUUUCUCCGGAGGAUUACAUUGGUUCCCAGAGCGGAGACAACUGUGUAUCGACCCUUGUGGCCUACCAAGCUUCUGGGGUGGAUGGUUGGCUCGUCGGUGAUGUGUUCUUGAAGAAUGUCUACUCCGUUUUUGACUUCGACAAUGAUCAAAUCGGAUUUGGUUCACGGAACAGCACCUCGGUUCCUGGAAAUGGAACCUAUACGGCCCCGACCACCACUGCUACCACUGCUACCACUGCGAGUCCAGAGUCCACCGCGAGUGGCACAGCAACUUCAGCCUCUGCAGCAUCAGCUACCACCUCAGAAAUCUCUACAAACUCAGGAUCGCGCGUUGCUUUUACCGUCAUUCCCUCCUUCGUUGCAAUUUUUGCCGCUUUCCUAGUCUAA